AUGGCUUCUCAAAACCCUAAUCAAAGAAAUUCUCUCUAUCCUCAGGUAAUCGAUUCUAACCUCGAUGCUCCUUCGCCUCUCCUCAAUACCAAUCCCUCAUCCUCUUUGCAAAUCCCACUCUACCCCUCCAUUGACUACAACGACCUCAUUCAAAACCUCUUUUUCGAGGAUGUCUCAUCUGCUAGCUCCCCCUCCGCGCCGCCUGAGGCCACCGAGGAGGUCCUCCUCCGCAUCCCCGGUGCGAUCCUCAACCUUGUCGAUAAGGACUACAACGUCGAGCUUGCGUGCGGUGAUUUUUCCGUCAUCUGCCUCCAGCAGGGAGACAACGCCGUCAACGUGUACGCGCGCGUCGCCGAAGAGAUCCAAUGGCCUCUGGCGAAGGAUGAGACCGCCGUGAAAGUCGAUGAUUCGCACUACUUCUUCUCGUUCCGCGUCCCCAAGGGCUUCGAUCCCGGGGAGGAGGAGGAGGAUGUUCUUAGCUACGGGUUAACGAUCGCUUCGAAGGGGCAAGAGGGGCUUCUGAAGGAGCCCAUAUGGCUUCGGUAUAAUGUGAACAAUCUCUGUCAAUCGUACGAUGAAUUUGGUUGGGUACAGACGAAAUAA